UCCUGCGCACUGCGAGCAGCGGCAUCACCGACUGGUACAAACAACCAUUCAAUAUGUCUUCCUCCAUGGGCAGCGGGAUGUUCCCCGGCCAGCAGUCCGCUGGUCCUCACCCUGUCGGCGGCCCGGGUCAGCCGGGACUACUGUCUGGAGCUCCAGGGAACAGGGUCCAGGGCCCCAACACUCUGGUAGACGACCUAGAGGCUUCUUUUGAGGCUUGCUUUGCGUCCCUAGUGAGUCAAGACUACGUGAACGGAACCGACCAGGAGGAAAUUCGGACAGGUGUGGAUCAGUGUAUUCAGAAGUUUCUGGAUGUCGCCAGACAGACAGAAUGUUUCUUCCUGCAGAAGCGUCUUCAGUUAUCAGUCCAGAAACCCGACCAGGUGGUCAAAGAGGAUGUGUCUGAGCUGCGGAAUGAACUCCAGAGGAAAGAGCUGCUUGUUCAGAAACACCUGUCUAAGCUGCACCACUGGCAGCAGGUUCUGGAGGAUGUCAGUGUCCAGCAUCGUAAACCGUCAGAUCUACUCCACCUGGACCCCUGGUCUUUCCUGGAACAGGCUCAGCUAGUCUCCCGCUGCACCCCUCAAACAGACCUAACACAUCUCUCUCCCUCACCUGGACCCCUGGUCUUCCUGGAACAGGCCUCAGCUAGUCUCCCCGCUGCACCCCUCAAACAGACCUAACACAUCUCUCUCCUCCACCUGGACCCCUGGCCUUCCUGGAACAGGCCUCAGCUAGUCUCCCCGCUGCACACCCCUCACAACAGACCUAACACAUCUCUCCCUCCACCUGGACCCUGGCUUCCUGGAACAGGCCUCAGCUAGUCUCCCCGCUGCACCCCUCAAACAGACCUAACACAUCUCUCUCUUCAUUCUCGGACAGUAUAUAUCUUUGGUUUUCUUUUUGACUUGUGU